GUAGCCAUCUUGCUGGAAAAGGCUAAUGCUAAAUUUUUUUGUUACUAGUAUCAUGAGGAAAACUGUGCUGUUAUCGUGAUUUUAUCAAUAUCACACCUACAGCGUAUUUUUAAAUACAGCUAAAAUGUCAGCGUUAUUGACUGCGGAUUGGUUUCAACUGGAUUCCUACUAUCGAAAGUUCGAUCUCUACUGCAUGAACUGGCAAAUGGAUGAUGGUUUUGACAACAUGAUAGUCAGCGGGGCCCCUUACGGAGGCCCUAUAGCUGUAGUAAGGGAUAGGAAGCAUUAUGUCAGAAUCAUGCCUUCAUCUAAACCUGUUAUCACAAUUUACAACUGUGUGGGUGAUGUUAUUUCUAAGAUUCUGUGGAACAGUGGAGUGCUUGUGCACAUGGGUUGGUCUGACGGUGAACAGCUACUUUGCAUCCAGGAGAGUGGUGAUGUGCUCAUCUAUGACAUGUUUGGGGCUUAUCAGAAGACUUUCAGUCUUGGACAGGAAGUUAGAGACACUAAGGUAUGCAGAGCUCGCCUCUUCCCCAGCCCACAAGGAGUGGGUCUGGCAGUGAUCACUACCACCAACCGCAUGUUCCUGCUCAGCAAUGUCUCAGAGCCAAAAGUUAGAUCAGUCCCAGAUUUACCAAGAGCCCACGAGCCUAUAACGUCAUGGUGCGUAAUAAGCUCAGGGCUACAGAAAACCGGCGUGCUCGGAUUCCUUGUGUGCAGGGACAAAGAGAUCUAUAAGUGCCAGCUUGGAGAGACUCGAGCUGUUCUUAUGCGCCCAGAAGUAAAGAACCCAUACACGCAAAUCCUAUCCAUAGUGCCAUCGCAGAAUGGCAGACAUGUGGCGUUGUUUACCGACUCAGGCUUUCUGUGGAUCGGCUCUUCAGAUUUCAAGAAUAAGUACUGUGAAAUCGAUACUGGGUACAUUAAACAACCUAAAGAGUUAGAGUGGUGCGGUUCCCAAGCAAUAGUGGGCCACUGGGACGACACGAUGUGCAUCUACGGGUUUAAUGGGAAUGUUUACACAUACCCUUAUGAUGGACCGUUCCACAUCAUUCCGGAACUAGACUGCGUAAGAGUUAUAUCAGAAUCGACUCACGAGUUGAUUCAAAAAGUGCCUGUAGUCGUGGAGAAAAUAUUUCGAAUAAACAGCACCGCACCCGGAUCGUACUUGGUUGAAGCGUCGAAACAAUUCCAGAAACACAGUCACAGAGCAGAUGAAUACAUACGGCUUGUAAAGCCAGAUCUCUCAAAAGCUGUUCAAGACUGCAUAGAUGCGGCAGCAUUCGAGUUCAGUCCCGAAGUGCAAAAAAUGUUGAUUCGUUCCGCACAGUUCGGUAAAGGCUUCAUCAUGGACCCGGUAUUGACCGACCAUUUUGUGAAGACUUGCAGGUGGCUGAGAGUGCUGAAUGCUAUUAGAAAUCCUAAAGUGGCAAUACCGCUCACUUUUUUGCAAUUCCAAACGCUAGGCGAGCGUGUGCUUCUUGACCGUUUGAUCUGGCGUCGUCUGCACUGCCUCGCUGGCCACAUAGCGUCCUACCUACAACUGAAGGACGGCCAGACCAGAGUACUCUCACAUUGGGCCUGCUAUAAGGUUACCCAACCACAUCUUGACAACGAAACUGCUGCACGUGAGAUCGGCGAGAAACUUCGCAAUGUGCCUGGCAUAUCUUAUGCAAAAAUUGCUAUGAAGGCUGCCGAAAAGGGACGCAAAUCACUCGCUAUUAAAAUUUUGGAGUACGAGACACAUAGUAAACUUCAAGUGCCUCUGUUGUUGGCAUUAGGCGAAGGCCCAACUGCUUUAUUAAAAGCGACGGCCAGCGGCGAUACGGAUCUAGUCUACGUAGUGUUGUUACAUCUCAAGGAAAAGAUGGGGAAACACGAAUUCGAGCUGACAAUUCGAAGUUUCCCACUCGCUCACGCCCUUUACAUAAAAUACUGCGCAAGUCAUAAUCGCGAGGCGUUACGCAAGGUGUACGUCCAAGAGGACGACUUCUAUGGACAGGCCGCCACGCACAUCAGAGACGCAAUCGAUCAGACCAACCCUGGAAGCGUAGAAGCGUCACUAAUAUCUGCUAGGGAAUGCUACAAGAAAGGGAGGAAUGACUUGGGCGUAUUAAUAUGCGAAGACGCGCGCAAAAUGUGUAAGCAGCAAUCAAGCCUCCAAGAAACGUAUGGCGAGAGCUUCAUUGGCCUAUCAUUGCACGACACCGUGAAGAAACUUCUUAAGUUGGGCGAAAUCAAGUUGGCCGAUAAGUUGAGAGCCGAGUACCGAAUGCCUGAUAGAAGAUAUUGGUGGUUACGCAUACUAACAUUGGCCGAAAUGAACCAUUGGGAGGAUUUGGAUAAGUUCUCAAAGACAAAGAAGUCGCCCGUAGGGUACGAGCCUUUCGUCGACGCAUGUCUCAAAUAUAACAAAAAUGAUGAGGCGUUGAAGUACCUGCCUAGGUGCCGAGACGAUAUCAAAGUGAAGUACUAUGUGAAGGCUGAAUUCUAUGAAGAAGCUGCGCGAGUAGCGUUCGAACAAAAAGACGAGGGGGCACUUUUCUACGUCCAAAGCAGAUGCCCUUUACGCGAUAGCACCACGCACGAAAAAAUCGCCGCACUUGUAGAACAACUACAUAGAAAGUAACCUCUAAGAUCAAAGAUUUUGAAUUAUUCGAAAUAAUUCGUUUAUAUAUUCAUUUUCUUCUUACAGAGAAAAUUUUUAGAAUGUUCUUUUCUGAUGACAAUGGGAAGUGGAUUGUUUUAGCACUCAAAUCUCUUAUUUGUACGUAUCGUGACUGUGUUACACUUAAGAACUGAUGUGUUAAAAUAUGUAUAAUUAUAUUACUACAUAAGGAAACCCUAUAGUACUAUUUACACGCCAAAUAAAUGAAAUUU